AGCACUAAGUCGAAGUAAACCAAGACUAGAAAAAAAUUAUCACAAAAAUCGCACUGUAAAAUCUAGCUGUGUCAUUCGCCUUGCAAAGGGAAGCAAACUAUGCCGCCGAGCAGUCUUUCAGUGCGGGUGGCGAACCGUUGCACACGACACGAUCGUCAUAAACGGUUCUGCCGAGUUCGAUGCUGCAUGCGCCCCAGGGUGAUUUGUGCCAUAGCAUCAACUCUAAUGUUUAAAAAACAAAUGCGAGCUCAAGCUUCAGAUACAAGCUAAUAACAGUUUCAAACGGUUUUAGCAAAUAUCAAUCGCAAUUCUGCAAAUAAGUGCAAUUUUGGUCUAAAAUUAUUACAAAUUUAUAAUCGUUUGAUUGAUAUAAACGAAUGGAGCAACCUUUACAAUGUUAACUGUUUGCUAUCAAAUAAAGCGGUAGACCUUGUUGAGCGGUCGUUCACCUGCAGCUAUUAUCAGUUUUGCCUGUUUCAUUUCAAGGCAUGCCGAACUAAAUAUCAAAGAUUAGAACUAUUUAACUGUGUCUCAACGAAAUUAGAAUGUCAUUUCUAGCCGAGAUGUUGGGACUCGAGGAAGCCGUUCCUUUCAGCAUAAAAGUGACUAUUGCACUUUGUUGCGCCGUGUUAUAUCUUUCGUACAAAUUCGUAACCAAGCACUCUGACUAUUGGCACAAGCAAGGAGUAAAAUUCAUCAAGCCAGUUCCUAUUUUCGGCUCAGUUGCGUCUAAUUUUCUCUUGAAAGAACACCUUUCCGAGACCUCUCAAAGAUGGUACAAGGAAAACGCGGGCCAGCCUUUCAUCGGCUACUUUCGAGGCCGGUCGCCUACCCUGAUGAUUUUCGACCCUGAAUUGAUCAAACAAAUCUUCAUCAAAGACUUCUCACACUUCUCCGACCGCGGAUUUCAAUUUAAUGAAGAGACCGAUCCGCUGAGAGCGUUAAACCUAUUCAACCUCGGGGGGCAAAGGUGGAGGGAAAUGCGAUCUAAGUUAGUUCCCACCUUCACCUCGGGAAAAAUGAAGGGGAUGUUUCCACUGAUGGUAGAGUGCAGCAAACAGUUUGACGAGCACCUUCAAUUGAUGGCAGAUCGACACGACGUUUUUGAGGCAAAAGAUUUGCUUGGAUGCUUGUUCACAGACAUAAUUGGCUCUUGCAUUUUCGGCGUUAAGUGCAAUGCAAUUAAAGAACCGAAAAAUGUAUUCAGAGUUAUGGGAAAGCGUUUGGUCGACGUGAAGCUCUUUCAGGCGCUAAAAGUUUUCUUCGCCGUUUUUCAACCUGAGGUUGCUAGGAUAUUAAAAAUUAGAACCAUGGAUGAAGAAGUGCAGAAUUUCUUUAUAAAUUUGACCAGGGAUAUGAUCCAACAUAGAAAAAAGAACAGCAUUGUGCGGAAUGAUUUUCUGCAGCUGCUGAUGGAACUAAAAGAUAAGGGCAGAGUAACCAUCGCUAAUGACGAUGAAGACGCAUCCUUAGAAAAUGAAAAUUUUCAAGAAUCGUAUACGCCCUUUAGAUUUGAUGAUACCGACCUUGCAGCGCAAGCAACCAUAUUUUUCCUGGCAGGGUUUGAGACCUCUUCCUCGGCCGUGAGUUUCGCCCUCCUCGAGUUAGCUGUCAACCCAGACAUUCAGCGAAAAGCUCAUUCAGAGAUAGACGAACAACUGGCUAAAUGCGAUGGAAAAAUCACUUAUGAAACUCUGAAAGAAAUGAAAUACCUAGAAUGGAUUGCUGAUGAGACCCUGCGCAAAUACCCAGCGGUGGCAGUGCACUUUCGCAUGUGCAACAAAAAGUAUACUCUCCCUGGAAAAAAUAUCACCUUGGAAAAGGGCAUGCAUGUUGCUAUCCCGAACUACGCGCUUCAGAACGACCCCAAAUACUUUGCAAACCCUAAGAAGUUCGACCCUGAGCGGUUCAGCUCUGAUGAUAUCUUAAACAAACUUCAGCAUAUUUAUACACCGUUUGGAUUAGGACCGAGGCAGUGCAUAGGAAAUCGCUUUGCUAUGGUCCAAACGAAACUAGCUUUGCUCACUUUCUUGCAAAAAUAUACCGUCAGCAUCUGUGAGAAAACGCGUUUCCCUGUGAAAUUUGACGCCAAGCAGUUCAUACCGACUGCUAAGGAUGGAAUUUGGCUUCAAAUUAAAAAAAGAGGCUAAACACUAUGAUGCUAAAAUUCACAUCUUUCGAAUUUUUCUGUUUUAGUUCAUUUGUGUAGUUGUUUACUCGAAAUAUUGAUACAAAUAAAAUGUUUGCAUGCA